UACGACCAACAAGGUGAACAAUCUCUUCCUCUCUAUCGAUUGUGAGCAUUGUCGCUUGACUGAACAACAGAUCUACUUGCUUUGAGCACGGUUUCCGCAUUGCGACUUCUAAGGUAAGGUGUAUCGAAGGCCUGAAGAUGCGUUUCAAUCUAUCCUCUUUCGUCCAAGGUUGUCCAGCGGUGUCGACGUUGACCAGACACAACCAAACAGAGUUUUCUCGAUGAAAAGUUUUGAAAUUUCAGCGCGAACCGCGCGAUAGGUGUCAACGCUGCGAGAAUAUGGGUUCUUCUGCGAGCGUGCACACAGAUAACAGCCAAUUGGCCACGAAUUUCUCACSUUGACACAUGAGGCAGAGCUGCCUUUUACGCAAGCGCAGAUCACAAGUAACGAAGGGGAAAAGUAAAGGACUAAGGUCGACAGUGAUAGUUUGUUCUAUGUAUUGAGUAGUAACAACUUACCGUACACGGCGAAUCAGUAGAAAGGUCUCACCCUCAACUUUGUCGCUUUAUCUCUCUACUCAAGUUCCGUGUGGCUAUUAAGAAGACUCUUCUUCAUACAUAGCGAAGUCAGUCAUUACCAGCUUCUCGGAUUUCCACCCUGCCUGGUUGACACCACGUGCCAAUAGAAACACAAGACAACUCGUUGCGGGACAGUCCAGGCAUAGACGCAGGCAGACGAUACAUAACCUGAUCCUUGAUGAUACAAAAAGGAAUACAAGUGUAACAAACACAACAAUCAAAACCUUAACUUCUGAGCGGGGCGUUCGAACGGAUAGGAAGAUUUACCAAGCAUUAUUCGAGCKAUGACAGACAACUUUCACUCUGACGAGGACGAUGGUGGUGGGAGCAAACCCCGAAAUAAAAGCCGAAGAGAGCUCCCAACCGGAGCGGUGGCAACAUUGAAAGCAUGGCUUUUGUCACCAGAGCACUUCACACACCCGUACCCAACUCCACAAGACCAGGUCAUGUUGAUGCAGAAGACGGGCAUAGACAAAAAACAACUUAAGAAUUGGUUCACAAAUGCUCGUCGGAGGAUAUGGAAACCAAUGCUAAAGAAGCAACUAGAGCAGGGGAAGCUUGCAACGACUGGGACGAGUGGCGGGGUUGCAGUACCAGGUGUAGUCCCUGGCUUGAUGGUAACAAAUAUGCCCGGUCAAUCAGGGGCUGCUCCUCUCCCUCAACCAGUUCAAGCUGUUCAAGAGGUGCGAACAACUUUUUCAUUAGCAGCACACCGGUUCAAUCAUGGCCGUUUGCAGUGGAAUCAACAAAAUGGUUCCAGGCAUAAACKCACCUGUUACAUCAACUUUUAUCCUAUCCUCACUGGUAUGCUUGGAUUGUUUCUUCAUCUUUUCCCUUCGUAGGUUCAAGUUGAUCAGCACGGGAACCGGAUAUAUCAGACACAUCCUGCAGCUCCUGUGCCAGCACCAUACAGCGAUCCUGGUGCAUCGGCGUACAAAAAUAUCAGUGCCCCCUCAAGUAUGAUUGCUGCGUCGAGCGCUCAAUUAUUAAGCAAAACAGAUAGCCAUGCAGUCUUAAUGGAGCUUUUUGCUCGAGAUCAGGAUCUUGUACGUCAGGCCACAGAAUCUACACCGAGAAAGGAACCAGCUCCUCCUCAACCCCAAAUACAAGGUGUAACCAACCAAGUACAUACAGGUAUUCCUCAGCAACAGCUAGCUCAAGCACUGUCCAAUCAGCACCCAAUGAAGAACCCUUCACACAGCCGUCUACCUAAUGUUCCAACGUUGAACUCGUGGCCCCAUUUUUCAAGCGUUUCAUCGUUAAAUAAUCUCGGAACAAUGCCUGGCGUAAAGAGCAUUACAAGUCUUAGUGCUGCAGACCUCGCCAAACAAGGACCCGUGAACACCGUAGGAAACCUAGCACAAGUGAAAAGUGUUGAAUCUAUGGGGAAGAAUGACUCGUAUGCUUUUCUUGAAGUGUUUUUUGGCGAUCGAAGUUCAAAUAAUCUAAGCUCAAUGGGAGGUGCUAGUUCUGGGAUACAGCGGAGUUUAAAGAGAGAGAGGGACGAAGACAAUAACGUUGGAUUAUCGCUAGAAGAUGAAUCGCCCGCAGCAACUGCGCACGGUAUAAAACAAGAGCCUGGUAGUUCUGUUACAGGCGCUUCCACUGGAUUUGCCUCGAACAACCCUUAUGCAGCCGACAAAACUGCAACGGAUAGUAGUGAUACAUUAAAGCGUGCAUACGAUGACGCGAUGGCGGCUAGGGGUCUUAUGUCUGUGAGCCGCAGUAGCGAAAAGCUUACGGAUCUGGUUCUCCCAGCUAAAAUGCAGAGGACGCUUUCGCAGAAUUUCAUGCGACAGCAGGAAGAAAAAAGGCAGAAGCAAUCACAUCCUGCUCAACAAUAUGUUCCAUAUCAGUACACGCCGUCGCCUCUCAAGCCAGCUCCAAGCAUUGAAAAGGAAAGUUACCAAUAUCCAGCGCAACCCUCUGCUCAAUCCGAUCCUGGUGGUUCUGUCGCAGUGCCUUCGGCGACCAAAUGUGCAAGUUGCCAUUUGACAAACAUUGACACGCAGCUUCGUCCAUGUGGUCAUAUGUUUCAUGAAAAAUGUCUGAAAUCAAGUCUUCAGACAUCUAUGGGUGCAAAACCAAAAUGUCCGAUCUGCCAAGUUCCGAUUGAAUCUGCGCUUUUGGCCAUUCCUACGGAAGAGGUAAGACCUAAGUAAAGAGCCUCCUAUCCCUUUYYAAAAUCCUUCUGCAAUCAUUCAAACUCUUACACUCCGUUUUCUUUAGAAUUCAAAUCCCCGUCAAGCUCCAUCGGCUAUGCACCCCAAGGCAAGCUGGAACAAUCCGUCAGGUAAUCAAGGGCAAGCAGUGAGCGACACGAAGGGCUAGCUAGCUCAAGAUAAUAAAAUUGUACACAAGAUUGGGAUUUGUUUCCAACACUUAUUCGGUGACUUGUUCUGUCAUUCUCCCUCAUUGGACAAAGGGGAUCCUUGGGAGAAAUCAAGCAACUCGUCAUCAUUCAACUUUUUUGCGCUUUCGAACAAAAACGCAUCGCUAUUUUCUUGGUUUCAUUUUUGUGAAAAUCUUGGUUUGUAAAAUAACCGUUGUGAUAAUUAAUAGGUCAACUUUUU